AUGACGAACUCAAGCUCAUUUUACUUCGAAACUCCUUACUUUUUAAUACCAUGGGGUCUAGUAAUGCUAUUAUUAUCUCUUGCAGGCUUAAUAGUAUAUCACUUCCACAAACAAAAAGACUACAAUCUCUUUCUAACAUAUAUCGCUUCAUUAGACGUCUCUUUAAUAAUAUUUUGUAUCGCGACUUCGCUCAAAUGCUUUUUAGUUGGAACGAAAAUGGUUAGCUUCAAAUAUAUACGACGUGGCUUUUUCGGAGUUUUUGAAAGAUUCUUUGUUUUACUUCGUGGCGUAUUAUGUACAUUUCGCUGGCUCUGCUAUUUCUCAAAUAUUUGGCCAAUUCCUACUUUGAUGAAUUUUAUUGCCAGGCCUAAAACUACGAGCUGUUACAUUUAUAUUGUUAUGAAAUGCAUUCUUCUACUUUGGCUGCUUUGGGAUCUCGCAUUUUCCAUACAAAAGUAUAGGGUCAACUCUAUAGUAGCAGUUAAAGCCGCAGAUCCCGAAAAGGUUGUUAAUGAAUGCGUAAUUUGCCUUAAUAUGCCAGUAGAACCUGUUCAACUUAGUUGCUCACACAUAUUUUGUUACGAAUGUGCCAUUAGAUGGCUUUCUCUCCACCCAACUUGCCCGAUGUGUGCUCAACCGAUUGCUGAACAAAAAUAUAUAGAAUUUAGCGACGGGCAUAUUCCUCUUGCUGCUCUUUUAAGCGCAUAUUAG